AUGGCAGGAGAGACUCAGCGAUUGCAUGCUGUCAAAGAGCUGGCCGCUGAGUCCAAACUGCAGGAUGAAGGGACAGCGCUGGAACAGCAGAGUGACAAAACCACAAAGGAGUCUUCAGAGCACUUUUCAAGCACAGGCACUGAGGCCAGAGCCGGCAGCAGAGGGGCCAAAGCUGAAAAACUAGAGAAGGGAAGGGACUGUCCUCAGCAGCGUGAGGCUGUCAUACGGCCACAGCAGACUGGGAAAAUUGACUUCAGGUCACUGCAGAACCGAUCAAAGUUUGCCACUGACAGGACUUGGUUGAGUGGCAAAGGCAGCCCCCAGUCCCCGAGCGGAAAGGGCCGCAGCCGAGAGAAGGGGAAGCGGUCAGGAAAGACAGAGCGUGGCAACCCGCAGCAGCUGUACAGACUUAGCAUUACAAAUCCACGCUCCAACCCCACAAUAGGUAUUGCAUACCCACAGCAGAAGGUUACGCCACCCAAGAAGUUGGAGACCAGUCGUGGCCCAGUCUCGGGCAGCUACAGAUUCCACGUUCCCAGUAUACCAGAGAGAGAGGCUGAACUACAGCAAGAAGAGCUCAACUACAGCCGCUGCUUCCAGGAGGCCUCCUCUAACCUUACCUCCCCAAGCUAUACCUCACAGGCACUGGGCUCCUCAAGCGGAACGUCAUCCCACCCACAUCCACCCCUGUCACAGCAGCAGCAGCCUGCCUCCAUGGAGAACAACAACGCACAGCCCGGCAGCCAGCUGAUCCUGGCUGACUUUCAGCUGAGUGGCUCUAACGUAUGGCAGUCUCCUGAACGGACUUUUAAUGGUGCUAACUACGGGGUGUCAUCACAAAAAUCCACUGCCCUAACAGAAGCAAAUAAGGCAAGUGCCUUUGUGCCCGCUCCAUUUCAAUAUGGAUAUCAUUUUCUGGAAGAAUCAACCUCUGACUCUUUUCCCUGUGAACAGAACCCCCAAUCCCAAGACUUUACAGACUCCUCGCUCGGUUCUGUUCAUGUGACCCACAAUUCUUUUUCCUUUACGCCUGGAGAAGGGCAAAACGUUGCUCAGAACAGCACUCAGUUCAGUAAUGAACAACAGCCGGAGGAUAGAAACUCCUAUUCUCAACCCCCCCAGUUUAUUCAAGGGGUAACAUCCUCCAUACAGUGUCCUAGGAAUCUGAGUGAAGACUCAGCCAGUAGUGACAGCUCUGGCUCCAGCUCACAGCAGUCAGAGCAGGGGAAGACCGCCCUGCCUGAGAGCACAGACACUAUUGCACAGACAGACAGUAGGGAUGCAGCCAUCACCUCGGGGAGUAAGAGGAACUGUCACCCCAAAGACACAGCUGCCAACCAAAGAACACUCAUUCAAGGAAGUGUGCACCAUGCGAGAAAUAUUUCAGGUCCAGGCUCCCAAAUGCACUUUCCCAGCAAAACAUUUAAUAACCCUCCAGUCAGUAACAUACACACAGGCUCUGUGCCUUUUGAUAAAAACAUCAAUAAUAAGGUUCUAAAUAGGUUACCGCACUCAUGGGAGGGGCCUAAUAAGACAUAUUCAUCAGCUGAUCAAAACACUAUUCAGUACUCAGAUAUGAAUGACAAGUUUCAGUUUCAGAACCAGCCAGCACUUGACCAGAGGCCAAAUUCAUCUAAAAAUAGCAGAAUGCCCUGGCAGCAGAUACGGCCAACCCCUGCAAUGCCGAACCAAAACAGAAUUGAGUUAUCUAGGCAAAUAAGCAGUCAAAAAUUGGCUUACAUGGUUUCGCCCUCUGACUGGCAGGAUGAUAGUAAAUCACAUAAACAUGGCUCCCUGAAAAACCCCAGCUCAUUUCAGAACAGCAGAACCAGUGAUGGAUUUUCAAACCAAAGGCAGGAGACUGUAAAACACAGCAGCAACACAGUCUCAACUUUUAAAGUAGAGAUGAGUCACGCACAACAAGUAUGUGAAUCCAAAAAUAAGGCGGUAUAUUUCGGACUUAACCAGUCUCUCCCAGCAGCAGCAUCAAGAAACUACAGCUAUCCUCCAUUACAGGUCCCACCUAUUGGACUUAUGAUGGUGUCACCUUAUGAAUCUCCUUUGCCCUCACCAGUUCAUAAUCCUGCAUCCAGUAGCACCUGCUCCUCCCUCUCCCCAGCAUCCACCAGUCCUGUUAACAUCAGUUCAGAGGACAGUCAAAUGUCAAAGUCGGCGCCCCCUCAUCCAUUUUAUCACCAGGCCCAAGCCAAAACACAGUUACCUUCAGAUCACUUGAGCUCUCACCCUCACCAGUUUCAUUCGGAUGCACCCCGAAACCAUCCUUACGCACCAGAAAGAGCCAAAGACGACAUGAUGAGCUACCUGCAAAACAGCACACAUCCAAAGGCUGCUAUGGAUGGAAACAAAGGUUACAUGGACAGUUUUGGGGUGGAGCAUCACCAGCCACCACCGCCUUACUCCGCACAUCAGCUGUUAGCAAACUCAUUAGCAGCAGCAAAUCUCGACCAGUUAGAUGUGCUUCUGACGUGCAAGCAGUGCGAUCAGAAUUUCAACAACCUGGCUUCCUUUCUAGGCCAUAAGCAAUACUGUGCUCAGCAUACGUUUGCCCAAAAUGACCUCAAAGACAUAUCAAAGAUGGAGGACGGCAGAAAGUUUCACACAGAACCAGCAAAAGCAGCGUCAUCUGUGCCGAAUGUUUCAAUGUCAAGGUGCCCGUCUGACCUUCACCUGUCUCUGUUGGGCCUUAAUAAAAAUGGAGAGCUGAUGUCUGACAGUGAAACAAAAGGAGACAACAAGGAUGAUCCGAUGAAACUCAACUUGUUUUCUGGUCCUGGUAACCUUCCCGUCCCUCUCCCUGAGCUGGAAAUGGAGGAUGCCAAAUUAGACAGCCUCAUCACAGAGGCGUUGAAUGGACUGGGAUAUCAAUCAGACAAUGCAGAGAUAGACAGUAGCUUUAUUGAUGCAUUCGCUGAUGAUGACCUCACCACUGUCAAAGCAACAUCAAACAAACAAUGCCUGAAAACUAAAGAAUCCCUGGUCUUUGAGAGCAAAAAUAAACAAGCAGCCGAGGAUGACAGGUCUUUCACACAGGGAAAGUAUUUUUAUGACUCUGAUGUUGAGAAUCCUAAGACAGAUAAACAGUACACGGAGAGCAAACUUGAGAAAAUAUCUCUGAAUUUGGAACAAGAUGAGAAAAUUAACAUAAAAAAAGAAGGCUCUCAUAAAAAUUCAAGAAUUGCCUCGAGGGAGAAGACGAGGGAACAAGACAACAAAGCGAAAGAGGCGAGAAAACUGUGCAAGAGUGAGGAUGAAAACACCAGUACACAAAGGUUUCUCUUAUCCAGCAAGUUUUCUGAGCGUUGUGGCGUUAAAAGCUUUCAGGACAGCUCUGCACUUCGAGGGUCAACGCCCUCACAGGCCUCCACGUCUCCGACCUCACGAACUGCAGUGAAAGAGAGCAAGAGGAAAAGCACUGGAGGGGGAACCUGGAGCAAAGAACUUAUUCACAAAAUAGUUCAACAGAAAAAUAAGCUCCAUAAGCUCCAUGUUAAAGGUACUAAAAACCUCCAGUUUUCCUUAGUGAUGGAGAGACUGACUCCCACCGUACAGAACCCUGCAUUCGGAGAAUACGACUACGUCUCCGACUCGGAUGAUGAAUGUGAGCCCGUUAAGAUAGCAAGCCAAGGCCGGCUGAAUCAAAGCAGUCGCUGUAAAUAUACAUACACCAAAGAGUGUAAAUGGCGAGCGAGGAGUGAGAGGGACCAGGCGGCAUGGCGGCACGAGUCGAAGGAGUGCUUUGAGGUGAAAAAAAGCGAGGAGGUUUCUCUCUCGCCUGAGAAACACGGCUCUCACCAGAGACUCAGGAGGAGGGGUAGCAGGUCAUCCACAAGCAGUGAACUCAGCACAUCUGUGAGUGUUUCAAGCGAUAGUAUCAACAGCCCCAAAAGCACUGACCGCACUGACUCCGACUGUGAGAAGAAGACAGACAUCAAAAAGAAAGAGUCUCCAGAGCAGAAAACCAAUGAAAGGUCCUCCCCGCAGAAGUUAAGUAAAGAGUCCAGCACACUAGCACUGACAUUCACCAAAUCUGUCAAGAAUUAUAACACUGACAAAGCCAUUCUGUCGGAUAACAAAGACAGCACAGAGGAUCCAAAGAAGAAUCGUGCAAAUGCAGAAGUCGCUGAUCCGGUAUCAUCCUCACAAAAAGCAAACGACACAAUCAAAAACUCUGAAAAAGGCAGAAGCUCUCACACAAAAUCAAGAGAGAAGCUGGUGUCUCCCAGAAAAGAAGCAGUCAGUUCAGAGAGAAACACCCUACAGAGAACAGACAAACUGAGCCCCAAAGAGGAACCAGCACUGUGUAGCAGCACAGAUAGCAAGCCACUACAGUUUGAUUCACACUCCCCCUCCAUCAACAAAGAAACUGAUUUCAAUAUUGACAACACAAAGGGCAAAAGAAGCGAGGGGCCCCAAGCCACACAGCCGGCGCUAUCAGACAGUAGCACAUUUGAAAAACAGAGUGACAGUGUCUGCAUGGUGAAAGAGGCCAUUACUUUAGUCAAUGACCUAGACGCUCACAAGCCUGCAUCUCUUUGCACCUCUUUGAUGGAUGAGGUGUGCCUAUCUCCGACUGAAAGCCAAGGCCCGUUGAUACAAAAAGAUACGCUCCACCUCAUGCCCUACCCCCUGGAACAGGAACAGGGGCUCUUGAAAUCCCCACUUUCGUUUGACACCUCAUCAAUGUUCGGGGACCUCACAGGAUUCGACAGUGGACUCUAUUCGGAUAUGCCGAUUCAGAAAGACGGUUUCCAUUCAAUAGAGAGCACAGGUGAUAAAAAGGAGGAGUUUGUGUCGUCCUUCUCUCCCUUUCUGGAACAAAGAGACUGGAACCUCAUAGUUAGCCCUGUGCUACCAGAUGAGAUAUCUCAGUACAAAGGCAGCUCUGAGAAAUCAGAAAAGAAACCAGAUUACAAUCACAUCCCUUUGUCUCUGCCAGAAAAAAUAAUCGACUACAGUGCGAAUCUCAACAGCUGCGCGUCAGAGGAUGAGCUGGAGAUAAAGAGAAUAGUGAAUGAGCUUGAGAACCAGCUGCAAACGACUAAGUUGGAAAGCCCACCCUUGUUAGCCCAAGAUGACCCCAAGCAGCUGAAAAUGAGCAAGUUUUCACCUUUACGUUUGAGUGAUGAGUCAGAGAGCGAAGGCUCUAGUCUAGAUAUGAGGUGCCCCGUGCAAACCAUACAUGUACCAGUGACCAAUUUGCCCUCAGAGCCUUUCACUGAACCAUGGUCCAGUCCGUUCCAGUUUGAGCUAAUGGGUGGACACCCCAGCCCACACACUCCAAUUCACAAUGAACCAGGGGCUCUUGAACAUUUCACUGAAAAAGAGCAUGAUGCACCCAGUUUGAUCACCACAGCCUCACAUAUUGAGCACGCAAAGCUCAGCCGUGACCAGAAAUCAGUGGAGAGAAAACCUGAAAAAGAGACUGCUGCAGAAACAAAGGAAGAGAUUUUAGAACAAAAGAGAUACACAGAAAAUCUCAUGAAAAGCCUGGAGGUGAUUUCCGACUCUAUAUUCAAAAAAGAACCCAUUAUAUCAGGACACAAGGAGCCGAAUGUCACCUCUCUCACGAGUCAACAACAUCAAGAAAUUGAAUGUCAGGCAUCUGAUGCAGUUGAGAGAGAAGAUCACAGCGAAAAGGAAGCAAUUACUGGGAAGGAGAAUAUAUUAUCACCUCCAAAUAUCAAUGAGCGGAAGGACGAUAUUGAAUUCAUUCUGAAUGAGUCACAGUCAUCUCUCUCUAACAGCAGUGACCCCACAGUUGAUGGAAACCAGCCAAUUUCAUCACAGGCAAGUGAGCCCACAGAAAACAAUGAUAGCAAGACUUUAGAGACUAAAGCCACUUCAGAGGAGGAUAUCACCGAGAAUAGCAAUUUGAUCGACUCCACUUGCUGCUCAAGUGUGGCGACACAUGACCCACGUGUGGUUGAAGAGUCCGGUGGGAACAGUAAUGCAGCAGACGACGUGAAUCAGUUAUUUAAAAACAGCAGUGACGGUCCAGAGCAUUCGACCACAGGCGGGUAUGAGGAAGCGGAGGCAGUGAAGGGAAUCACUGGUCAAUCUGUCAGCCAUCCUUUAUCACCAGCUCUGCCUGCAGCCAGUCUAGACAUUGGCGAGAAAAUUCCGAUUAAAACAGCAGCUGAGGAACAAUUCAUUGAUAACCAUGAUAAUGCUGUAAAUGCUGGUUCAUCACAUGCUGAUGAAUUAAAAUUGGACAGCUCAGACUGUGUUAACGAGGAAAUAACUGUUAAAACAGCAAUACAGGAUCAUUUGAUUGAACUAUCUCCAUCUAAAAACUGCAGCCCUGCUAAGAUUUACAGUCCAACAACUGAUCUGUCAGUGGAGAUAGUCACCACAGACAAGCCCUGCAGUCCAAUACUGGUGGAAACAAAUACAGAGACUUACUGCUCACCCUUCCAAGACACCCAGUCCACAGAGGGACAGAGUAAUCUGUUGAUUCUUUCACAGUCUGAUGGCAUCAUUGACAGCGAUUCCUGCAAAGUUGCUCCAUUUAAUGACUCAAUAAAACCUGAAACAGGUCUCGCCUUUCAGAAACAAGAUGAGAUUUUAAAUGUUCAGGACAUCAAAGAGCACCUUCCUAUUGAUUUCAUGGCAAGUCACCAAAACUCUCCAUUCAGAGAAGAGGGAGAAGAAAGUUUAUUUCUGCAUGCUGCCCCACCAACCAGCCCUCUUUUGUCAGCCUCUCCUCAAACACCCAUGAAGAAAUGGAGCAUAGAAGCAGAUUCACAAAGCAAAUGUGGUGAUAUGCCUGUUAACCAAGGCUCAAUUCAGAAUAUUCAGUUUCCCAUAAACAAGGAAGAAAACAGCAAUGUCAACGAGGCUUUAAACAAUGACAAACAACUUAGCGCAACAGCCGAGAUGGAGUAUUCUUUGAUAAGCCCACCUCCACUGGACUUGGGGAUCAUAGAGUGCAAAAUCCCCGGCUCUGAAACCACCAUUUCCUCCCCGCUUCCAGUGACCAGCACAGCAGAACCAGCAGAAACAUCAGAUGGCCUUGAAAAGAGAGAUCCAAUAUAUGAUUUCAAGCUCAGCCCUCUCAACUACAACAGCAUGUCAGACGAGCCUCCACAACUGAAUCAAUAUGACUACAUACCAAUUUCACCUGCCAGUAAACCUGAAGACAAUCCAGACAUCAAGCAGAGUCCCAGAGAUGACGGUGGACCAUGUGACCUGAGCGUUAACCCUGCACUGAUUUUUAACAAAGCUGACACAGACACAGUGGUAUCACUGGACUCAGAGCCUGCAGCUAAACUAAAUUUAUCAGAUGAGCCACUAGUUCUCCAGCAGAGUUUAAAAUUCACAUGUUUUUCAUUAGGUCUCCCAUCUGAAAUCAAAAGCAAAGAUUCCUCAACUGGUGAUGUAAAGACAGACUUGGAGGUUUACCAUGAUCCAGCUGGCCCUGUUGCGAAUUCACAUAUUCACGCUGACCUGCUGAGAAAGGAUGAAUCAGAGAAUCUAGAUUCUCACCAGGACUCUGCCGAGGACAGCACACUUAUCAGAAAAGAUAUUUCAGAUGGUCCGCCCACUCCUAAGCCACUCGUCAUCUGUGAAAAUGAACAAAUGCCUCUUCCACCAGACCCAUCAGAGAAGCAACCAACAAUAGAGACUGGCCAGGGUUCAACAACGCACCAAGUACAGAAAGAAACAACACAGAAAAAGACACAGAACAACACUCAACAGGGCAAGGAGCUGUGUGAAAUCUGCCUCAUGUGUUUCAGGACCGUGCCUGGGUUAAAGAGACAUAAGGCCAUGAAACAUUUGGUCAGAAGUGAGAAACAAAUCGGCCCGCAGAGCACAACGUCGAGCCAUCAGGGGACUGUGCUCAUUUAUGAAGCAUCACAAACCACAGAGAAAGAACAUAAAAAUGAUUCACAGACUUGUUACCCAACAAAAAUAGACGGGCUGCCUGAGACAAGUAGCACUCUCAUAUCUAAAGCAGCAGAGACUGAGUCAGUCCUGGAGGAAAUGCCAACUGAGACAAAUGUAGUGGCAGUGGGUGAAAUAGGCCAUCACAACCCUCUGCUGCCAACAAAAGCAAAGAAGAACAACAAAGCUAGAAAGAACAAAAAUAGUGAGGCAAACACAAAGCUCGACCCUUUCUCUGAUGAGCUCCUGAAUAUAAUAAAAACUGACAUACUUAAAGCUAUAAGUCCUGAAUUCAAAAGCAGUGGACCACAAGAGCUCUGCAAAUCUCUGGCAGACCAGGUGAAAAUCACUGACAGAACUGUUACUGGAGCAGAGAAAUUCCCUCACCCUAUUACUUCAAACUCCGGCUCUGACAAUACUCCCCGAUCUCCAACAAAAGAUACAAAUGUACUUAAUGAAACGGUGGAGCUAAAUCAAAUCACUGACACGGAAGAAAUUAAAUGUGCAAGCAUGACAGAGAUGGCAAAUGGGGAAGUAUGUGCAGAUAAUAAAGGUUCUCUAUCUCUAGACAAGGAUAAAAUCACAGAAUAUGAUGAACCCAGAAAGAGUCUGCUAGCUGCGGAGGAGAUGUGUGAACAGAGAGGAUCAGAACAGAGCCUCGCCCAAGAGAUUCUCAGAAAAGUGGCAGCCGUCGAGAUAAAAUGUGAGAAAAACGGUGGCCCCUCCGAUGAGGCGCAUCCUCUCUCCUGUUUGAAUUGUUCCCCCCUCAGUUCUCCCGACAUAAGCCCCGAUCUGAAGGCCUUGCUUGACGACGACACCACAUUCUCACAGUUGUUCCCCCGAGAUGAGGAGGCAAAAAGGAAAAAGUGCCCGAGGGUGUACAGCAAAAGAAACAAAAGACAGAAGCUAUCGCCUGAUUCAAAUGUGACUCAGGACUGCCCUCCUUCAGAGACCUUCACACAAAGUAAACAUCAGCAUACGCAAAACCAAGCAGAGCAGAUGUUCAUGGACAAUCAGACUAACCGCUGUGAAUAUGAGACGAUAUCUAUCGACGAUGCCAUCAUGUUGAAUAUGUGCCACAACAGCACGUUAAAGAGUAAUGUCAAGGAGUUGCCAGAUGUUAAACAAAGUGAUCAGCAGGAUGUUCAUGAGAAUGCUAAAGAGGCUGGAAACAGCCCCUCAAAUCCACUUGAGAGCACUGUUGAUAAAGCAUCAAUUGAAUGGAGUGGCUUCGAUGCAGACUCGGUGGUGACCUCUGACCCCAGCACCUAUAAAGCAGCAGAGCCAACUGCACCCUGCCCUGUCCUCCCACCCCCUGUGCCCCUGCCCCCCACCCCCUUCACUGUGGAGCCAAAUGCCACAAAGAAUGCCCAAACCUUCCAUAGCAUUGACAUCCAAAACAUCAACACCACAUUUCAACUUCCUGAGAUUCAGUUCUUUGACUCUAAAAAAGAUAUCUCAGUGGCUCCUCCUGUUGCAGCUGUCGACGUAGAGAGUAAAGACGACGAAAAGUCCAAGAAAGUGACGGAGCGUCGAGGCAGGAAACGGCAAGUUGGUGGAAUAAAGGUCAAAGAUAAGCAGUACAAGUGCAAAGUGUGCUUCACUUGGUUCCUCACCCUGGGCGAGCUGAACUUUCACAAACUCUCCCACAACCCCUCGCCACCUCCGACCUGCUACAUGUGUGUCCAGCGCAAGUUCAGCUCCAGGGAGCAACUGAGAGACCAUCUGAGGGAGAAACAUGCCAAGAAUAAGACAGGUAUCUGGACCUGUGGAAUGUGCCUGAAAGAGAUAUCUGAUGUGUGGAUGUACAACGAACAUUUACGAGAGCAUGCCACUCAGUUUGCCCGGAGGGGUCAGACUCAAGGCUCCAUGUUAGGCAUUCCAGGCUGCUUCAUGCAGGAGACGGCCGUUAAGAACUUUAUCACCUCAAUCAUGCAGCACCGCCCGAGUAAAGCCAACAGAGAAUCCAGCAAAGCCACUAAAGAACAAGAAAAAGCUGUUGCUGCAGAAAGCACUGCAGGAGAGGGGAAAACCUCCGAGGGGGCUGAGCCAAAAGUUCACAAAACUAAAAGCAACAGCGGAGCAGGUGGGAAGCAGAGCACAUUAACCCCGCUUGAGGUCCUCCACAAAACAGAGACACCUAAAAGUGUGGAGAUGCAUCCCAACUGCAAAGACCCCUCAAGAGACUGCCACCAUUGUGGGAAACAAUUCCCCAAACCGUUUAAACUGCAGAGACACUUAGUGGUUCACAAUCUGGAGAAGAUUUUCCUGUGUCACAAAUGCCCCGUUUCUUAUCAGGAGGCCCAGGAGCUUAAAGGCCAUCUAAAGAGAGCACACGAGGAGGUAGACGAGCUGGAUUCAAAACACACCACCCUCUACACCUGUGAGCUCUGUGCUGAUGUCAUGCACGUGAUUAAAAAAUCCUUCAUCUGCAGCACCUGCAACUACACCUUCUCUAAGAAGGAGCAGUUUGAUCGUCACAUGGAAAAGCACCUGUCAGGGGGGAACAAAAUUUUCAAAUUCCGAGGUGUUCUCAGGCCUGUCAAAGCAUCUGCGUCCAAAGAAAAUGAAUGUGAAUCGCCUGCCAGUAAGAAGAGGAGAAUACUCUCUGACAGUCUGCAAGAAAAUAGCUCUGACAGCGGCAUCGCCAGUGUAAGUUCGCUGCACUUAAAUCAGAACUUGGAGUCCUCAAAACCCUCUGUGUCCACAGCGGACGACUCCACACAGACCAUUGCAAAUGAAUACCACAGUGACACAAACGAUACAAAUGUGAAGACUGAGGACAUUGCUGAGGACUACUCUGAACUCCUCGUAGAGCUGGAAAAAUGUAUUCAUAUGGACUCUUCAGAGUCUGCUUCACCCAAGAAAGAGGAAAUUGACCCAACCACCUCACCUCCUCUUGAUAAAGAGGGUAAUGGAAAAUCAAUUACUGAGUCGCAUGACGUGAAAGAGGAGAAUGAGUCAGUCUGCAUUAGAGCGGAGACCGCCUCAUGGUCAGUGCCUAAACAGAGUAGUAGUGCGGGGGAGGAAACUGUUAAGGCCGAGGAAGGCUCUGCUGAAGGGGACACAGCUGAAAAAGAAACUGAUUCACUUCCAUCAAGUGAUGGCUCGUUUGUCAGUUUAAGAGAAAAUUCAAUCAUCUCAAAGACACCUGAGUCAAAGCAUGAUGUAGCUGCUGAAGUUAUGGAUCAACAGAGAGAUGAUGAGCAGUGGCAUCACACAUCCAAAGCUUCCAAUAACGACAGCAAACAGUUGACUGGAUCUCAAGGUGCUGAGCAGGAAGGUAGCAGUCACAUGAAAGAAAAAGUCACCCCGACCAAAGCAACCGAUAACACUAAAAACAGCACUGCAACGAGCUGCACGAAGGCUACAGAGUCCACGCCAGUCCUCCACUCCAAGGUUUCCCUCAACGCUUCAGCCUCCAAUGAGGACAAAGAAUCCGUGAGACCACAGAAGAAGAGGAAAGACAUGAAAUCCCCUCACAGCCUGCAAAGGGUUUCCUCUCCAGCCACACAAGAGAACUUUGGUGUUGACUCUCGGGCCAAAAAGAAAUUCCGCCCCAGUAAGUGUGCAAACCCCUCUCUGCAAAGGAAGUCAGACGGACCCAACGACUACCCUGUGCUGGCCUCGGUGCGGGACGACGUCGUUAGCAACAAAAUAAUUUCAAAGUGCAAGACUUCCAACUUGCAGCCGAAAAGAAGCUUGCUGGAUAACUGCACACAGAAGAAAGCUGAGAUUGUGACUCCUCUUAACGGGGAUUACAAAGCCAAAAAGGGACCUUUGGGGCGGCCGCUGCAUCCCCCGAUCUCUAAAGUGUCCUCAGUUCCCAUGAACAAUUCUUUGAAUAAAUCUAGGCCAAAGAUGGGGGUUCGGUCAAUGGAGAGCCAUUCCUACAGGACAGCAGAGUCCCAGAACCACCUCCUAAGCCAGCUGUUUGGCCAAAAACUCACUAGCUUUAAGAUUCCUUUAAGGAAGGACACAUCAGAAUCUAUUAACUGAGUGGGGCGUGUGGGAUCUGUGAAUAAGAGACUGUAAAUUUCACAGUUAUAAAAAAAAAUGUUUAAGACAAUUAAUUAUGGUGAAUGAGAUUGCACAGCUCUUUUCUGUGAAAUGCUAUCUUUAAAUACUUACGUAGUCACUUUAUGUCUUCUUUGUACAUGUGUUUUUAUUACACAAAUGUGAGGACGAAUGGCAGAUAUGAAUUUUGGGUCAAAAUGAAUAUGCUAGUUGGGAAACUUUUUUUCUGCCCUUUUCCUUUUGUUGGAUAUUAUCUGUUUCAGAGAUUAUAUUUCAUUUACCUAAAGGAAAGAAAAAAAGAAUACUUGAAAAUACAGUAGAAUAUUUUCCUUUAAGAAAUGCAUGUUCAUUUUGCAUUUGAUCGUAUCACUUUAAGUCUUUCUGCAAAAGGACCAAACAACAUCAUAACUGACCUGGACUAUUUUCUGUGCACCUUUCGUACAUGCUUCCAACAUAUUCACAUUGUAUUAUUUUUUAACUUUACUGUACUGCAUUGACAUUCAUCAUAUUAGCCUUUUGUAUAAACAUUACCUGGUGCUACAUCGUGUUUUAUUGUAAUGUGAAUGCCAAUGUCCUCGGAAGGGAACAUGAGAUCUGUAGCAGUUAACAGCACAUUCAUCCGGCUGUUUUUACUGGUUCUCUGUAGUUUAUUAAAGAUACUGUGUAAACCAUCCAAGUACUUCAUAUGUAGACUGAUAGAACACAAAAUUAGGAAAGCUUCCAUUGUAUAAACUCAGGUGCAUACAAGGACAUCACAGUCCCAAGACCUGUAUUCGGAGUUCUUCCCAUGCACUGAUAAUACCACACACAAAUCACAAACUCAAUCAUCUGUGUCUGUAACUCCAACUGUUUAAUUAUGAAUAGUAUUUACUACUACAACAAAGGUGCUUUAUCUUGUUUAUACUGUAUGUAUCUUAUAUUGUAUAAUAUUGUAGGUAGAUUGUUGUUUUGGUGUAAUGCUUCAUGUCAAAGUUUUAUUUUAAUAAUGUGCAAAAGAGUGAGAAGAAAGGGAAAUGCAGUGCCUCUUGCAAGUUGUAAAGUGGUUCACUAAGUGCCUCUUUUAUAGUUGGUUAUUAAAGAUCUGUAUUGGUCUCUC